AUGAGAAUCUCCCGACUGUACUCGAAAGUCGCCACUGCGGGCGUGGUGUUGGCAGUGAUCCUGCUGUUGCAGCUGGGUGCCUUCUACAGCAGAAGGGCCUCGGUGGUCCCCAAGGUGUCUGCUGAGCCUCUUCACGAGAUCACCCCCAAACGUGGCUUGACUCCGGCUGAUCUGGAGGUGAUCAAGAAGCUUGAGGCCGUGCGCUUCAGCAAAGAUCAGCAGAGACUCGCGGACGACCAGCAGCUGGAUGUUUUGCGUGUGUUUGCUGCCCAGGAAAAGGAGCUGGAGGACCGGUAUCUGGCCUCCUUGCGAGUGUACGAGGAGUUGGCGCAGCACAAGCCCAACAUCAUCAAAAUCUACUACACGAGAAAGGACAUGCGGCACGGCUCGGCCACAGUGUUCCGCAAGCUGAUGGAGUCGUUUCUGGAGGUGAUUGACAAAAACAGCGUGGUGCUGCAGAACCUGGAUCCGGGACUGGAGUGCAGCACGCAGGCUCCACAAUUUUCUGUAUUGGACACAAAAUACCCCAAUUCAUCGCUCAGGAACCUGUCCCAUGCACACAAACAGGUUGCAGAUGCCAUUCCGGGCGCCAACCCAUUCCCAGACCUGUACAACCACAACGGGUACGUGAUGCUGGGCGGAGGAUACCGCACGUGGGCCGCUCUGCUGGGAAUCAAGGCACUAAGACGCACGGGCAGCACGCUUCCCGUGGAGGUGUUUCUGCGCAGAAAGAGCGACUACAAUCAGGCCAUGUGCGAAAACGUAUUCCCGUCACUAAAUGCUGAGUGUGUUCUGCUUUCCGAUAGGUAUGGCGACAAAAUGCCUCGGAGACUAGAGUCCCUGGAGGACAAGUCUCUGGUGCCGUUUUUGCUGCUGGCGUCCUCCUACCAAAAGGUGUUUUGGAUGGACUCGAACGUGUUUGCUGCGGUGUCGCCUGAUGACUUGUUUGAGAGCUGGCUGGGAACUCAGUAUGGAUUUUUCAGCUGGAGAAGCAAGUACGCAACCACACUGAAUCCUGCAUACUACGACGUGGUAAGACUGAAUCCACGGACGCCAGAGUACACGAUGGACGAAAGUGCGUUCUUGCUCGACAAACAACAAAACUUUGAGAACCUGAUGCUGGCCGCAUACUACGAGCUGGAGGGGGAAAAUAGCUACCACAAGCUGUUCGGACAGGCAAAAUGCGGAGCAGGAAAACACGACUCGCUGAGUUAUGCAACGCUUUUCUGCGACAGGCGCGAAUUCAGAUCGCAGCUUCUGGACGACAUGGGUGGAUUGCAGUUGCAACGCGAUCCGAUUGGAGAGUUUGAGAACAAAUUUGAGGAGUACAGGCCAGUUCGUCCUUUGUUAUACGAGGUCGACCCUGCCAGACUAAACCCGGAGACGCUGACAACUCCCGGUCGGAUCUUUGGUAGCCACAAUCUCACCUACGACGUGGACAUGCUCGUGUUGGAGACGAUGGAUUUGUAUGUGUGCCACGCAAACGACCACAUUUUCAAAAACGUGGGCACGUUCUGCAACGACUACGUGGAGCAACAGCGCAGAUAUCUCGUUGAUCACGAGAUUGCAACUGUCGACUCCAGCCCACGCGGAUUGGUGAACCGUCCCGACGAUACUUCGGACGAGGUCAAGGACAGAGCAAACGCGGAGGUGAUUUCAAAGCUGGUGGGCGUGGACAGAUUACCAGAGUGGGAAUGA